AUGGAGGCGACGACUGAAUUGCAGGGAGCCGCCCCGAGGCGCUCUGCUCCGCGGAAGGCCGCAGACUCGUCCGCGUCUCCUCAAAAGGAAGUCGAGGCCUCCGCGAGUCCCGCCUCGCCUACCCCAGCGUCUCGGCGAAGCGCAGACGCGCCGGCUUCGGGUGCAGGCGAUGCAGAGCGGCCAACGUCGCCUGGGGCCUCGCGGCAGCAAAAGGGCGGGGCGUCCCCGUGUCGAGGCGCGGAGUGCGCCGCCGCGCAGACGGCGGCAGACACCCCCGAUCUCUGCGCGGACGAAGCAGGCUCGCGGAAAAGGCGCUCUUCUGCCGGCGAUGCUGCCAGCGAGAAGAAAAUGAAGUCCGCAGUCGCGGAUGGCGCCGGUGCCCGUGAGGACGCUCAAAGAGACACUGCGGAGGAGGCGUCGCAAGCCGACGAAGAAGGCUCCUCCUCCACUGCAGAAGGCAGUCUCCAGCCGGGCACCAUGGCGGCCCACAUCCCGCGCGUGCGAGGAAAGCAGGCGUGGAAGGCGAAGGGGUCCGUGCGCAGCUUCGGGCGUUUCUGCAAGGAGGCCGCCAACCGGGCGAAGGGCACAUGGGAGACGCAGAAGAGAGCGCGAGACGAGGAGCGCGCGAUGCGGCAAGCCGAGCGAGAGAUGCGGGAGCAGAGAGCUGCUGUGCUGCGGCGCCGCAGAGAGAAGACUGAAGAGAAGAGGCGACGGAAAGAAGAGAAUGAAAUGAAGAGCACGCAAGUGCAAGUCAUCAAGAACACCACGAAACUGCGCAAGUGGGGCAAGAAGGCGCGCAGAGACCUAGUCAAAAUGAGCCCUGAAAUGAUUCAAAAGCUUUAUAACGUCCGCUUCUAA